GAAGGCUGUGUACAGUUUAUAUAAUGGGCGAUAUCCUCACUGGUUCAAUUCUCACUUCAUUUACUCUUGGAUAAAUCCACAGUCGAAUCAUCAUGUUGGAAACAAUAGCUGGGGUCCCUGGAAUGAUCGGCGCCAUGACAAGACACUUUCACGCAUUGAGGAGGCUGACAAGAGACAAUGGAUGGAUACAUACACUGUUAGAGGAAGCUGAAAACGAGAGAAUGCACUUGAUGACUGCUUUGGAAAUGAAGCAACCUGGAGUUAUUUUCCGCGGCACUAUCCUUCUCGCCCAAGGUGUGUUUGUGAACCUGUUUUUCCUGGCAUACUUGAUAAGCCCCAAAUUCUGUCACAGAUUUGUUGGAUAUUUGGAGGAAGAGGCGGUAAAAACUUACACCCACUGUCUGGAGUGUAUUGACAGUGGAAAGUUACCUCUGUGGAAAAAUCAGCUGGCUCCCAAGAUCGCCGUCAACUACUGGAAACUGCCGGUAAGCGUUUGGCUGAAUGAUAGGAGAAUUUUUGUUUACAAUAUGCGCCUCAGUAGCAUAAGCGAUACGAUUUUUGAUGGAACUUCAAGCAUGUUAGUCCUGAAUAUGAAAUGGCACAGCACGAUUAACUGUCCCAAGGAAUUUGAGCCCGAUGUACUGAAUACUUUUUGUGCGACACGGGCCGUGCCCAACAUCAGUAAAGCCAAGAUCCCGGCCAUCGGCAAACAAAUCUAA